UGCAAUUCGAACACAAUCAUCUUUCUGUACGGCAUAUAAUUUCUAUGUAAAAUGUAUUUUCAUUUUAUAAAUCAACUUAUUUUACUGCUGCCUUUAUUCAAUGACAACACGACGAGCAAGGAUACUUUGAACUCUACCUGGUGGGAUGAAGGGGAGGAGAAUUUAACUGCAUUAUGGGACUGGGACAUGCAGAUGAAAGAAGAUUUACAUAUUUUACCAGGAAACCCUGACAUCCGCAGCGAAUUCCCAGUUUGCUGUGAUUUGAACUCUGGAGUUAAAACGUUCCAGUGUGACAGCAAAAUUGUCAAGCGGAAUAAUGUGAUUUCAAUUUUAUCUCAAACCCUAACUCAAAACUCGCAACCUGGUGCUAAUUCAACUCGGGAACGAUUUUACUGGAAUGUGCCUGAAUGUCCUAGCAGUCGAAAUAAAUUCGUCAUACUUGAUGUAAAAUCAAUUGAAAAUCAAAAUCGUACUCGAUUUCUGAGAAAUGGAUAUUUCGGCUACAACAACGAAUUCUACAGUCCCCAAGAGUAUUGUAUAAAUGGGCUAACAGGUGAAUUUGUUGAAGUUAAGAUUUGUGAACCGGAAUGCUCGAAAGAAAGACCAUGCAUAAAUCUGUGUUGUGACCCAGAUGAGAUUUACAGCUUCAAGAAAAGAAAAUGUCUUAAAUCAAAUUCUACCCUGUAUUCCCCCAUAUUUUAUCAUGACAUGUCCAACAAAGUGGGUGAACAAGAGGGGACAAGUCUUCCUCGUCCCCAUUUCACCAUCAAGUUUCCUCGAACCUUCAAGUACUAUUGUCAAGAGAAUAUCACGCAAAUAUUCCCAUCCGGAAAUCUUUUUGCUGACUAUUUGUCCAACUCUACAGGGCGAAAAUAUUUUCCUGCAGACUUCCACAUCCGAAAAGACGGGGUCGUUAUGUACAGGAAAGAUGGAAAAGCAAUCCUUCUCUCUGACGGACAUCCAAUAUUUCUUAAGGAAAAUAACAGGAAGUGCUACACUCUCAAAACGGAGCAUUAUUGCAUCGAUGGGGCGGUCGACUUUGGAUCCCCACUGGAUUUCUCCAAUGAGGAGGGGCAAACAUUCCUCGUUACUUGCUCUGAGCACCUAUACCAGCCACCGAUAAUCGGUCCACUAUCAUUUUUAUAUGGGAACGUAAUGAUUGGGUCCUCAUUCUUCUCAUUUUUGACCGUUCUGGUCUAUCUGACGUUGAAGGAGAAAAGAAAUAUUCACGGUCUGACCGUCGUGUCCUACGCCAGCUCCAUGUUCUUCAUGUACAUCUUUCUGGGGUUGGCGCAUUUGAUUCGAUAUUAUGGUUCGGAUGAAGUUCUAAAGUCCACUCCUUGUGUCGCAAUUGGCAUUGCAUCUCACCUAUUCUCGCUCUCCUCAUUUUUGUGGCUUACAAUGAUGAACGUAGGACAUUGGUGGACAUUUAGAAAAAUCAGGCCAAUCGUGAGGCUGGACUACCAAUUACAACAAACUAAACUUUGGAAUCAGUACCUCAAAUAUUCGAUUUUUGGUUGGGGAAUUCCUAUCCUGAGUGUAGCUGUGUCGACUGUGAUUCAUUUUAACUACGAAACGCCAGUGGAGGAUGACUGCGCUGAUAUAGCUCUUCCGUUACCAGCCUACGGCCGAGAGAGCUGUGAGAUCAAACAAUUAUCUUUAGGCGUUUAUCUUUAUUUCCCAGCCUCGGCUUUGCUUCUGUGCAAUUUGAUAUUUUUUGUGGUGACAACCUACUCCUUGUGCAAGCACGAGACGACGACUCUCGUGGCCGUUAAGCGGAUACAAGAACGGCAACACCAAUCAAUCCAGUUGUUUGGAAAGUUGUUUUUUACAAUGGGCGUUACCAGAAUCUUCGAGUUGAUUACGUGGUACGAAAGUGGCCCUCUUCUGACGUGGUACUGGGCUGUCUUUGAUAUUUUCAAUAUUCUUCAAGCUGUCGCCAUUUUCAUUAUUUAUGUCUGCAAGAGAGAUGUUGUUCGUGCGUUGAAAAAUAAAAUGCCCAAAUUUAUACAUCGUCCCAAAGAUAGUUUCCGCUUCAAAAAUGAAAACACUGGGUAUGAAGACACAUUUUCUAAACAUUGACCCCAAAGUUGUACAAGACAACUGCAAGUUAUAUGUUGUUCUGAAUUGUACGUAAAAGGAAACUGUAAAUUGAACCCUAUUAAAAUCCACAACUGUAAAAUGCUACUGUGCUAAAUGGCAAAAAAUAAAAAAAUAAAAAAGGUCAA